UUUUCAUUUUGCAUCGAAUCGUAUCAAGACAAGUUAUAAAAGUAGCUCUCUACAAUCGCUCUUCGCGCUGUCAAACAUCUGUAAAAAAAGUUUCAGAUAAAUAUAAAAUGGCACAACAAAACGGUGUUCAUUUCGGCAAUGGAGAUAAAAACGAACAGCAUUUCAUGUUCUCAUCCGAAUCGGUCGGCGAAGGACACCCGGACAAAAUGUGUGACCAAAUUUCGGACGCUGUUCUGGAUGCGUUUCUGAAGAAGGAUCCGAAUGCGAAGGUGGCUUGCGAGACAGCCACCAAGACUGGUCUGAUUGUGCUUCUGGGAGAGAUCACCUCAACUGCCAAUGUUGACUUCCAGAAGGUGGUCAGAGACACUGUCAAGAAGAUCGGAUACGACGACUCAAGAAAAGGAUUCGACUACAACACGUGUUCUGUGAUGGUGGCACUGCAGGAGCAGAGUCCGGACAUAGCCCAGGGAGUGCACCAGGGCAGAGACGAGGAGAACAUCGGAGCAGGAGACCAGGGCAUCAUGUUUGGUUAUGCAACUGACGAGACUGAGAAUUGCAUGCCACUCACUCUCCAUUUAGCACAUGGACUCAACAGCAAGUUGGCCGAGUGCAGGAGAGACGGCACCCUCCCCUGGGGACUUCCAGACACCAAAACCCAGGUGACGGUGGAGUACAAGAAGGUGGGGGGCAGGUGUGUCCCUCUGCGUGUCCAUACUGUGGUCAUAUCCACCCAGCACACUGACCAAGUCACUCAGAAGCAGAUCCAGCAGGACCUCAUGACUCAUGUCAUCCAGAAGGUCAUCCCAGCCGAGAUGCUCGACAGCAACACAGUCUAUCAUCUCAACCCCUCUGGAAUGUUCCUCAUUGGGGGACCACAGAGCGACGCUGGUCUGACUGGGCGUAAGAUCAUCGUGGACACCUAUGGCGGGUGGGGAGCACAUGGGGGAGGGGCGUUCUCAGGGAAAGACAGCACCAAAGUGGACAGGAGUGCGGCCUAUGCUGCCAGAUGGGUGGCCAAGUCACUGGUCAAGGCCGGACUCUGCAGUCGAGUCAUCGUACAGAUUUCGUAUGCGAUUGGGAUUGCGGAGCCGCUGUCUCUGUUCGUGGACACGUAUGGGACGGGAGUGAAGAGCGACGGGGAGAUCAGAGAGAUAGUGAUGAAGAACUUCGACCUCAGGCCAGGAAUCAUCAUCAGAGAUCUGAAACUGAAGACGCCUUUCUACGAGGAGUCGGCUAAGUACGGACACUUCGGAAGAUCCGAGUUUCCCUGGGAGGUGCCGAAGACCAUCAAGUAUUAAGCGGAUGGGAAAGAAAAAAAUUCUCAAGCUGAAGUGCAUUAUUCAAUGUUGUGUCAAUACGAAUCACAUCUUAGAGGAACAUCCCAAAACCAGUGACAGAAAAAACUUGAUAUCCUUGACGAUGGAUGCGUGUUAUAGUUUCAUGUAUAUUCUAUGCUUUCUUAAAUCUUAUCCUAAAAGAAUUCCAGUGUCAAUUAGGGAGUUUGUAUCAUUUGUUUUGAAACUUUUUGUCAUUCUGAGUUAAAACAAGCCAAAGAUGAAUGACUAUUCAUGUUAAAUUUGUACUAAAAUUAUAUUUUCCGAUGUCAGAGCAAUGCUUCGUUUCACAAAAAUUGGCUUUAAUUACGUUUUGAAUGUGGUUUGUUCAACAAAAACGUGAACAAAAGAAAAACGCGUUGGUCACAAGUAUACCGGUGUACUCGUGUGCAGGUAUGAAUCUCUUUCCACUUUGAUGAUUAUGAAAAUACGGCGAAUACCAAUUUCAUUUGGCGUAAUGUGUUGAUUUAUCUGUUGAUUUCAAGAAUCCAAUUCUUUCAUUGGUGUUUGUAUAUUUUUCAAUUUAGUUUCUCCUGCGC